AUGUCGUUCCUAAACAAUCUGAAGAAGGUGUUUCACCUGGGUAGUGGAGAGGCGAAGAAGAAACGCAUCUUCAAUAACAUCCGCAUGGACACGGACCCGGCCGACUUUUGGGACAUGAUCGGCGAGCUUGGUGAUGGUGCAUUUGGUAAGGUUUACAAGGCACAGAACAGAGAAACAAAACAGCUGGCCGCCGCCAAGAUGUGCACAUUGGAAGAUGAGGAGAAUCUGAGUGAUCAUAUGGUCGAGAUUGAUAUCCUGUCUGAGAUCAAGCAUCCUAAUAUUGUCGGCCUGUAUGAAGCGUACUCGAUCGACGAUAAGCUGUGGAUGCUGAUAGAAUAUUGUGAUGGUGGUGCCUUAGAUAGUAUUAUGGUGGAACUAGAGAAACCUCUCACCGAGGCGCAGAUUGCUUACGUAUGCAAACACAUGUGCGCCGGACUGAACCAUUUACACAAGAACAAGGUGAUACACCGGGACUUGAAGGCCGGCAACGUGUUGCUGACAAUGGACGGUGGGGUAAAACUUGCGGAUUUUGGUGUUUCGGCCAAGAACAAGCAUACAAUGCAAAAGCACGACACCUUUAUCGGUACGCCGUACUGGAUGGCACCGGAGCUUGUGCUGUGCGAAACGUUCCGGGACAAUCCGUACGACUUCAAAGUCGAUAUCUGGUCGCUCGGCAUCACGUUGAUCGAGUUUGCUCAAAUGGAACCACCAAACAGUGAGAUGUCUCCAAUGCGGGUGCUGCUCAAGAUACAGAAAAGUGAACCACCCAAGUUGGAUCAACCGUCUAAGUGGACGAAACACUUUAACGAUUUUCUCGCACGUGCGCUUGUGAAAGAUCCACAGCAAAGGCCGUCAACAGACGUGCUUAUGGGGCUACCGUUCAUUAGCGGUAAUUUAGACUCGAAACCCAUCAAGGACCUGCUACUCGAGUAUAAGGCGGAUGUCGUCGAGGAAGAACUGGUAGACGAGGAAGCAGAGAAAGCUAAACGACAAGCGAAACGCAGAUCGCUCUAUCAGAGGGAACCCCGCAAUUCUGCUCUUCCGCUCGACUUGGAUGAUGAUUCUUCAUCCUUGCAGAGUCAAGAAACUGAUAAGCUUCCAGAUACACCCACAUCCCUAUCGAAGUCAUCCAGGGAUUCGAAAGAGUCUACUCCCGUUCCUGCCACCGAAGAUGAUCCCAGCAAGCCGAAAAUUGGCCCAAUACCGACUCCUGUCGGUGCGGCAGGUCCGCCGGGCACGAUACCGCUUGAGAAAACACCAGCUAGCGUAGAUACUAAACCGGAAAUCAAAAAAUCCCAACCAACGCCGCCAAUCGUUCUGGCAUCUCCAGCAAGUGGGGACGUUUUCUCGCAACCAACGAUGAAAAAUUCUUCGUCUUCGAAUAUCACUGGUGGAGCGGUAAAUGUUCCCACUCCUGUGUUACCCGUGCCUAAGGAAGUUAUAUCUGAAGCACCUUCUGCGGGAGAUUUACAUUCAGAGUCAACGGUUGGAAUUGAUCAGAGGAAGACUGCUGCAGCAGGUGGAUCGUCCAAUACUGCUGCUGUCAAGAAAGGACCGGCACCACCACCACCACCACAAACACCGACAUCUCCCAUGACCAAGCAACCUUCAACUUUAGGAUUCGAUGGUUCCUUGUCCAAGGACGUUGUUCCACCAACACCACCUGAAACGCCUCAAACACCAUCGGAAAGUGAAAUCUCCGUAAAGGCUCUAGACCGUCCAGAUGCAACAGUACAGGGCAGUGUAAUGCCGCCACCACCACCGGCUCUGAUGCGAAUGGGAAGUAGUGGUGUGAUAGAAGAACAAAUGAAAUCUCCCCGUAAGGAACAUGCACCGACACCACCGUCCGAUAAAGAAAGUCCCAAGACUUCCACUCCACCGAGUGGAAAAUCAACGAUUAACGACCAUGAGCGUCCUUCGUCACCGAUAGCAAAUCAACCAUUUGCUAACUCUAAUAAUAACAAUGUUGCCAUUCCGAGAGCGAUUCACCCGCAUUCAUCUCUACCAGACGAUGGUGGAGUGGACGAGGGAGUGAAAAUGAUAACGUCCACCUCAACGCCAUCUGCGGUACGAAAUCAAUUGUCUCAUCAUGCUACCCUGAUGAACAGCUCAUCAUCUUCUUCCACUACAUCCAUUACCAUCAACGAUGCGACCGUACUUUCCGAUCCUUCAAACAGCUUGGCGAGCAAUGUGGCACAGGUAACGGUUGUCACGAGUCACCCACCGGUGAUAAUUGACAACUCAAUUCCCUUAGCAUCAGCGGCAGCAGCAGUUGCGUCUUCCGGCACUUCCUCUUCUGCCUCAUCGACGAAAUCUUUCGGUUCGUCGCAGCAACGUCGUUCCCGUGUCAUAUCUCCACCUGGUAUAGGAGCCCACGAUGAGGUGAUUAUCGUGUCGAACGAGCUCAACAAAACGCACGUAAACGAAUCUUCAACGGAUGAUGAUUUUCAGUCAUUGGACAGUCUGGAGAACGUUUCCCCGCGUCAUCAUUCUAUCCGAACAUCGUCGCAAUCGGGAAGUGGUCGGGCGAUCGCGCGAAAGUUGGAUGAAAGCGAAGUGCUUAUUGUUAGCUCCGGUUACGACGAUCGUCGUGAGGUGCUCCUUGCGGAUGAUAUGAACGCUGGGUCACCGGAUCGCGAUGUGGAUGCGUACGGCGACGGCGAUGCGUUUAAUGCGAGCAGCAAUAACCUACUGAAUAACAGCAGCAAACUUUUGCUGGAUACUAGUCAUGUAUCGGUAGUAACGGUGGGAGAAGAGGAAAUUAAGGUUAAGGAUUCCUCUCAGCAUCAUCCGCAGCUGAUCAAUAAUCCGCGUAUGUCUCCUCACCACUACCAUCACGAUUCCACCAGUGACUUGUCAAACGUUAGCUGCGGACCGAGUGAAUCUAGUGACGAUGUGAAGGUGGACAUAGUGGUAGGUGCUGGUGGUCGUCAACAGAUGUCACAACAGCAACAAGUUCAACAGCAUUUGCACCAGCAGCAAAGAUCACCCUCCGGUUCCUCUUUAUCGCUUCCUAGCCAAACGGGCAAAGUUGGCACUGGUGGAGGUAGUAUUAUCAAUGGCAAUAGAUAUAAUGGUGGCACUGAGUUCCAUGAAAGCCGGGAGGAUGUUAGUAUAAUAGUGAAUAAGCGAAAAAUUGAAAAGUCUCGGAUUUCACCGGAUAGUAGUGUCGGUUCGCUUGAAGGUGGUGGAUCAGUUCGUUCGGCAAGUACGCCCAUUCACCAGAAUCAUCAUGCGCAUCAACAUGGCGGAGUGGCGGGCGUAGUGAUCGCUGGAAAUCAUCAUCAACGAUCGGGUAGCAGUGGAACGGCACCUCCGGCAAUAUCAUCAAAACAUCUUCACGAUCGUAGUGAUGCGGAAAGCAUUGCAACUACCACUAGUCACGAUAGUCGCGAACAUGCAGCAGUCGAGCUGGAAGAAGAGGUGACUCUCCGCCGGAAACCUGCUCUCGAUCUCGAAGAUGAAAAGGUACCAUCUUCUGUUAGCGGUACAGUGUCGUCCGGAUCAUCUACCUUGGUUAGUAAUGCCGGUGGUAAUAGCGUCGCUACGACAACAGCAGGAACUCCUGGAGCUGUUGGAGCGGCUGUAACGGCUGCUACUGGUACUGGAGGUACUGUCGCCGGUGGUAAUGGUACGGCUGGCAUAAAACAAAAAGCUAACCGAAACUUCACCAAGGAAGAAUUGCACCUGCAAAAUCUGAAGAAGAAAACGAGAAAACGAACGCGUAAAUUCGAAAUCGAUGGGGUACAAGUGACGACCACCACAAGCAAGGUGAUUUACAGUGAUGAGGAUAACAACAAACUGUACGACGAUCAUCUGUUCCGCAAGCAAGAAUUACGCGAGUUGAAGAUGCUACAGAAGCAGGAGAAAAAACAGUUUUACGAUCUGCAGGGUAAAGAAGCGAUCGCCAAAGAGCAGCAAGAGAAGAAAUUCGAGCAGGAGCGACUACAGCUAGAACGUACGUUCGAGGCAGAUAUGGACGUGCUGGCCCGUCAGCACCGACAGACGGUAGAGAAGUUCGAGCAGCAGCAGGAAGCAGAACUGCGCAACACAUCGAAGAAGAUCCGUGCCGAACAGGAGCGAGAUCUGAAACUUUUCCGCGACAGUUUGAAGCAAGAAAUACGACUGCUAAAACAGGAAGUGGAUUUAUUGCCGAAGGAAAAGCGAAAAGAUGAAUUCCGUAAGCGAAAAACACAGAUGGAGUUUGAACAUGAGGAGCGUGAAAAAUCGUUUUUGUCAUCGCUGUCGGAAAAUCAUGAGCUUGCUCUGCGGCGAAUCAGUGAAAUCUAUCGCGAGAAGCUGUCCGCUACCGACAAAGGUUACCUGCAACAAAAACAAACGGCAAUGAGAACGAGAGAAGCGAUGCUGUGGGAGCUAGAAGAGAAACAUAUCCACGACAAGCAUCAACUUGCUAAGCGCCACGUGAAGGAUAUAUGUUUCAUGCAGCGGCACCAGAUGAUUAUCCGCCACGAAAAGGAGUUGGAUCAAAUUAAGCGUAUGAUCACUCGAAAGGAAGAGGAACUGUUGAAGCGACAAACGAUCGAAAGGCGAGCCCUGCCAAAGAGAAUCCGUGCCGAGCGGAAGGCUCGCGAUAUGAUGUUCCGUGAAUCGUUACGCAUUUCAAUGACCACCGAUCCGGAAAUGGAACGGGACAAACUAAAAAAGUUCCAAGAGCAAGAAAAGAAGCGGUACAACCAGGAGCAGUUGCGUUUUGAAACGAAACACAGCAAACAACUUGAAGAGCUGAGAGCUACCUCUGAGGGAUCAAUAAGGGAACUCGAGCAAUUGCAGAAUGAAAAACGGAAGCAAUUGCUUGAACACGAAACUGCCAAACUUCGGGAAUGCGACGAAGCGUUGCAAAAGGAGUUGCGCGAAUGGAAGGCGCAACUGAUGCCACGCAAACAGGUCAUUGAGAAGCAUCUGAGCCGAAUGGUGGACGAGUACGAAGAUCGUUGGGGUCCGGUUGAUCGUCGUGAGUUCGAUGGCGAUUUUACCGUGCCGCCGGAGCUGCGCAAUCGCACCAAUUCCCUCAAUACCCUUUCCCUCCGGCUGCUGAACAUCACGCGCUCCCGUACGUUCCUAACGCUUCCCACGAUGGCAAAUGGUGGUGGUGGUACCGGUGGUAGUUCUAACCGAAACAGUAUACACAGCUCGGUACCGGAUCUUAGUCGGUCCAUGCCAAACACGCCAAACUCAGGACAUAAACUUUCGCUUGCGUCGUCAUACGAUUCUGUGUUGGAAGAGAAUGAGGGUGAAAAUCAACCUUCGACGAUAGGCACGGGACGUAGUGGAGGUAGAGGAAGUAACUAUCAGCAUCCGUCCGCAAUCAAGUAUAUUCACACGAACGAUCCAGUGGUGGCAGGGAAUGUCCACGUGAGGCGUAAAUCGGAGGAUAUGCUUUCGGGAAAAUCGCGAUCCUCGCGUGUUCCAAUCAAAUCUUUCCUUUACUCAAACACACCGAGUCAGAAUGAGUACGGCGGUACUGGAUCGUCUGUAUACUACGGUGGUGAUUAUGGUGGAUCUCGUAUGACACCAACUGGACCGAUGGCGUAUUAUUCCGACUCAAAGGACCGCGUUGUAUCGAUCCGCGUGAACAAUCAGGUGAUUAAUCGCAAACCGGCAAACAUAUUCGAGGGUAUGACUAAUCGCUCCAAUAUACCACAACCGCACACGUCGUCCGGUGGAACAAUACCGCGUCGUACGUCCGCUGGUUGGGGCCCAAGUCGACUCGGAGAGAACACGUUCGCUACCGCAUCCGACGCGAACAUCAAUCGUCUGACAACGUUCAGUUCCGCGCGUGGAGGUCUUCCACUUCCGACAGCGAAUGGUAGCGGUGGUCGCAACGCUACCACCCCGGGUUUAAAAUUAUCACCUUCGACUCCAGUGCUACUUGCACCGAGUAAGGAUGAUGACACGGUGGUAUAA